AUGACAGGAGGGACAUACCCCAUUCCCACAACUCAAAACGGCACCGCUCUUGGCACAGGACUACUAUAGCGUCACGGGCAAGCCGAUGCUGAUGCUCUUCUUCGGCCCUCCUGUAGCGGAAGCAAUCGAGAAUAUCACACCGGAGCGCGACGCGGAGUUGACGUCCCACGUCCACACGCGCCUUGUCGCUGCCAUCUUACCGAAACCGCCUGAGAAUCACAGAAAAACGGGGAACGAUGCAGUUGCACCCUCAGCCGCGGCCGCAGCCAUUGGCAGUGCAGAAAGCAGCGCUCCAUCCAGGCCCGUCGCCUCGGUCGUGACGCGCUGGCGUUCCGAUCCACACUCCCUGGGAAGCUACACUUACUUGCCUGCCGCGCGUAAGCGUAGCGGUGCCAAUGGAAGCGGAGACGGACACGGCGAUGAGGGUGGGGUUCGGCCAGCAGCGUCACCACUGGAUAUGAUGGAGCUUGCACGUCCCGUGUGUGGUGGGCAACUUGGGUUCUGCGGCGAGGCGUGUCAUCCGGAUUUAUACGCCUCGGUACAUGGUGCCCUCAUGAGCGGGCUAGAAGAGGGGGUGAGGAUCGUCAAUCUUGCGAACGAGAGGGGGGUACGACACCUCGUAGCGAGCAGCGAGCGGACGGAGCAGCAACUUGCUCGCGAAGGAGAUAGAGCAUGCAGGCAGCUGAUGUAAACAGUCGCGGCUUGGUAUCAUACAUUCGUCGCAGCGAGCAAUCGCGAAAGCGAUCACUACGCCGCACCUACUUCUUUCCCUUCUAUUGCCGGACUGUCCGCGUUCAUCGGCGAGGACGCCGCUCUUCCUGCCUUUUGCUUCGGUCUGCUUCUUCCCCAUGUUACGCGGACCUCUUUCCCACCAAGCUGCACUUUUACCGCGCAUCGUUCUGCCGCCGCUUCUGCUUCUUUCCGUGAUCGGAAGUUGACAAAGGCACAGUUGGAAGUGGAGACGAGGGUGAUGGACUUGAUGCUUUCUGGUUUGAGUGAUGGAGUGGUCGAGACGAAGUAGGUUCGGAUCGCGUCUUCCGAUGUUGCGGGCGAAAGAGAUGUCAGGAAGAGGGAUGUCUGUGCAGCACGCGGUAGAAAGGUUGUGUUAGUCCAGCGGCUUUCCCAGAAAUCGAAAUUCCGUCGCCCUUA